AUGCUCAAAUUGCUUGAAAGAGGCUCACGACUCGGCACACUGAAUCUGCUUGCCGGCAGCACAAGCGUAGCAGGAACUGUCCUGUACCAAGCAGCACUUCGCCUGCCAAGCUUCGUCGGCCUAGCGCUCAUUGUUACUUGGGCCCUGUCACCACUGGGAGGACAAGCCUCAUUAAGGGUUGUAUCGAUUGGAACCUCUUCGAUCAGCAGCACGAGCGAGACUAGCUAUAUGUCUACGAACAAGUCGUUCGAUGGCUUCGUCACCGGGGAUCUUGGACAGAUGCAGACCAUGAUCAACGGCCUCUUCAACGCGGCACUUCUUGGGCCCGAGCAGACCAAAGCAUCGCCCGUCGACACGUGGAGUAAUGUCAAAGUGCCGCAGCUCGAGGCAUUAAGCAACAGCGAGGAUGCACUACUGCAUCACAAAUGGCUCGACGUCCCCUCCGAGAAUGUUACUUACUCUUCGCUCAUCGGUCUCCCUGUGUCACAAUUUCCUAGCACCAGUGAGAGCACAUUCACUCUCGAAACGUCGUAUUUCGUUUUGGAUUGCCCUAUCUUGUCAAAUAAUACAUAUCCUCAACACUGGGGAAAUGUGAGCAAUGGCGACUAUGGACAGGGCUUUACCGGAGUUAGUGCAGCUUCAGCCGGAAUGGGAGGCACUGUACUCACCAAUUCCACCACCUGUCGUGGAGAUCCGGACAAUCCGGCACUACCACCACGCUACCUUGCAUGGAAUAGCUUUGACGACGACGGUCGUGUUUCGGCGCUUUGCACAGCCCGGAUGACCUACGUGGAAGUUGAUAUCAAAUGUACUGGAUCGAACUGUGCAGCAACUAGAAUUCGCAACUCGACUCUUCCGCAUCCGAGCCGUGCCUGGACAUGGCUCGAUGGUCCUGUAGGCUCCUGUAUCUGGUGGCGCUACUACUUUCACUAUUUUCUCGCCACCGUCGUGAUUAACAGAAGUGGUACGAGUACACCUCUCGAAGGCUAUCUCAUGGAGCCAGACGCCCCAGCAUCUCCAAACAUGCACCAAUCACUCACUCACCUCGACCACAAAGUCUUCGCCACAAGGUUCGCGCAAUUGAUGAAUGCUUUCUGGACAAUUUGUGCCGGACCAUACGCCGUGGCUUACGGCUUCGAUGGAGAAGCGACGAAUCUAAACAAUAAUGGGACGGGUGUCGCCCGUACUUGGCAGUCUCUCUACAAUUCCGAGCGAGCAAACACGACUGCACAGUCAGUUCAUACUUUCAAAGUGAUUAAAUGCAACGCCGGCUGGCUAGCGGCGCUUCUUCUGGCGUCGCUACUGCUUGUAGUGGCCUGCAUCGCUGGGAUUGUCUUGCGCUUUAAGCUUACGACUCCAGAACUCAUGCUCAACUGGACCACGGUGAUCAGAGACAAUCCAUACGUCGAUGGUCCGAUUUCCGACUCUCGGGUUGAUGACAUCCAUCGGUCGAGACUGUUGAGGAAUGCGAAGAUUAGAUUUGGUGAUGUUGAGCCGGCGAGUGAGGUUGGACAUUUGGCGAUCGCAUCGGUUGGAGGCAAUGAUGCUGUCGCGCGGGCGGUACGGGAUAAGUAG